GCCAGCUCUCCAUCCAUCCAUCCAGCUCUCCAGGCAGUGACGGGUAGCGAUGACGGUAACGUAUUCGCGGAGGGUUGCUGACGCGGGGCUAGGGACCUUCUCUCAUCUCCUCCUCCGAUGGAAGGGAAGCAUCUACAAGCUGCUGUGGCGAGAACUGAUCAUCUUCACUACACUGUACUAUUCCUUCAGCAUCAUAUACAGGUUUGUGUUGAAUGAGGGUCAGAAGAGGCUGUUUGAGAAGCUGGCCAUCUACUGCGACCGUUACGCAGAACUCAUCCCUGUGUCCUUCGUAUUGGGUUUCUAUGUGACCCUGGUGGUGUCUCGGUGGUGGGGUCAGUUUGAGAGUGUACCCUGGCCGGACCGGCUGGGUGCGCUGGUGGGCGCUCACAUCCGCGGUACCGACGAGAGCGCCAGGCUGACCCGCCGGACCCUGAUGCGGUACGCCAACCUGUCCGGCGUGCUUAUCUACCGAUCGGUUAGCACGGCAGUCUACAAGAGGUUCCCCACCAUGGAGCACCUGGUGCAGGCAGGCCUGAUGACAGCAGAGGAACACAGGCAGUUGGAGGAGCUGCCCUCACCUCAUAACAAGUUCUGGGUUCCUUGUAUGUGGUUUGUGAACCUGGCUCUGAGGGCCCGCACCGAGGGCCGCAUCAACAAUGACGUGGCGCUAUCAGCCAUUCUCAAUGAAUUGAAUACGUUGCGGACACAGUGUCUGAAGCUCUACAGUUAUGAUUGGAUCAGCCUCCCCCUCGUCUACACCCAGGUGGUGACAGUGGCGGUCUACAGUUUCUUCCUGGCGUGUCUGAUUGGUCGACAGUUCUUAGACCCCGCCCAGGGCUACGCUGGUCAUGACAUCGACUUCUACCUGCCUGUCUUCACCCUGUUACAGUUCUUCUUCUACGUGGGCUGGCUCAAGGUGGCAGAACAACUGAUAAACCCGUUUGGGGAAGACGACGAUGAUUUUGAAACCAACUAUCUGGUUGAUCGCAAUCUACAGGUGUCCCUGCUGUCUGUGGAUGAGAUGUACGACACUAUCCCAUUGGUAGAGCGGGAUAAGUACUGGAACGAAUCAGAGCCCCAGCCUCCAUACACCGCAGCCAGCGCAGAGCAUCGCAAACCUUCCUUCAUGGGCUCUGCCCUGGACAUCAGUGUUCCCAAAGAGGAGAUGGAGUUCCAGUCCAACCUGGAACAGAUCAAGGAGCAUGAGGAGGCCAACCACUCUACUCCUCUCCUGGGGGGUCUGAGUCGCCUCCUGGGGGUUCAGUCCCCAGUCUUCCCCCGCUCCUCCACCUCCUCCCGGGUAUCCCUCCUGCGCCGGCGCCCCGGGGCUCCAUUCAGCCGCUUCCCCCUCUUCCUGCACUCCGAGGGGGACCCGCCAAUGCCGAGCCUCGGCCCUGGUCCUUGCCACAACUCCAGCCACCCGGACUACGCCUUCUCCUCCAUGCCGCUGUACGAGAGGUCCGGCUUCUACAGCUGCCCCCAGACCCCAAUCCAUUGUGUUCCCCCCGCUAUGCCUCGUCCGCGGCCCACCCGAGGAGCUCACGCCUGGGAUCGCAGCUCCAGCUCGCUGGCCCCUCCGAUGGUUGGCUCUGGAGGUCUGCUGCCCCCUGAUACUCCAGGUCAUAUGUUCCCUCCACCCUCCUCUGCCUUCCCCUGGCUGAGUGAGGAGGGGGAGGGUCCUUGUGUUCCAGCUUUCUCCUUCCCUGACCCUGGCAAUCCUCCGGAGCUCUACCCCAUGUCGAAGCUCCGGCCCGGGCAAGGCCUGCUGUCUCGAAGGCCCCCGCCUCCACGCCUCUCUCUGGAUAACACACCGUCGGCCGAGGGCCUGCAGCCUGGACCCAUCAGCCCCCGGGGAGUGGGAGGUGGAGGGGAGAGGGUGUUCUCCUUUACCCCUCCCUCUCGCACCCCAGCUACCAAUCCCAAUAACAGCUCCUCCUCCUGUAUUAACACCACCAACCCCAACACCACUACUACAACCAACUUCUGCAAUGGUACCAACCCCAACAACUUUUGUAACCAUGCCAAUUUCAACAACAACACUAGAGCAGCAGGGAGCAACAGUGGAACCAAUGGUGGUCUAAGCAACAAUGUCGUGAACACCUCAAUUUCCAUUUCCACUUCCGGGUCCUCUCAGCAAGAAGCCAAUCAGCAUCCAAACUCACCCAAUGAUUCAGGGAUUUAAUUGGCUGAGGGGGGGCCCUCACUGGCUGGGAGCUCUGUUAGUGGAGAGUGGGAUGAACAAGGCCUCUGGGGGGCGGGAGCAGGACUGAGGAAGGAGGGAGAUGAUUGGACAAGGCCCCUGGGGGGUGGGAGCAGGACUGAGGAAGGAGGGAGAUGAUUGGACAAGGCCCCUGGGGGGUGGGAGCAGGACUGAGGAAG